GCAAACGCCAAGGCGGGAAUGCAGUUUACGCUUUGCUUACACUCGUGGCGUAACAGCCAGACGUAAAAGGCGGAAACGCGUCGCGCACACACACGAAUCGCGAAGUUCGCGACCCGAUUCCUCUCCGCCCGCCAUGCUGCGGAGUCUCCUCGCGAGAGCAAUCCCGCGAUCCUCCGCCGCCGCCGCCACCACCCGCGGAUUCACCGAUCCGCGGAGCUUUCCUCUACUCUUUCGCGAAGGUUCGCGUCUCUCCACUUCGCAGGGCGGCAUCGGCAAUGGCGGCGGCGGCGGCGGCGGCGGCAAUGGCGGUGAUGGCGAGGAGGAUGACCCCUUCUCGUUCGCGGACCUCCAGAAGCUGCCGCCGGACGUCGCGCGUGACGUGGAGGCCGUCGUCGGCGCGGCCGAGGGGUUCCAUGCGGACGCCGCGCGGGCCAGGGGCCUCCUGGAGCGGUGCGGCGCCACGGCGUCCGAGCCGGUCGUGGUGGCCGUGCUGGACCGCCUCCGCAACAGCUGCGCCGCGGCGCACGCCGCGUUCCGGUGGGCCUCGGCGCAGCCAGGGUACGCGCCAGGGCGGCACGCGUGCCACUCCAUGCUCGCCAUCCUCGCGAAGCACCGCCGCUUCGACGACGCACGCGCCCUGCUCGACCAAAUGCGCCGCUCGUCGCUUGCGUCUCCGGCCGCGGUGAUGCUUCUCAUCCGGCGCUACUGCGCUGCACGGGACGUCGCCGGCGCCGUCGCGGCGUUCCGUGCGCUCCCGAACCUUGGUUUCCGGCCUGGCGUCGCAGAGUUCCAUGGCCUCCUGACCGCGCUUUGCCGGUACAAGAACGUCCAGGAUGCGGAGCACCUGCUUCUGUCCAGCGAGAAGGAGUUCCCUUUCGAGACCAAGAGUUUUAACGUUGUGCUCAAUGGCUGGUGCAACAUGGUCCGCAGUGUGCGGGAGGCGAAGAGGUUUUGGAAUGCCAUGGAAAUUAAGGGUAUUAAGAGGGACGUGGUAUCAUAUGGGAGUAUGAUUUCGUGCUUCUCGAAAGCCGGAAGUUUGGACACUGUCAUGAAGCUCUUUAACCGCAUGAAGGAGGCUGGUGUUAUACCAGACAGGAAAAUCUACAAUGCAGUUGUCUACGCUCUCGCCAAGGGACAGUGUGUGAAUGAGGCAAAGGCUCUUGUCCGGAGCAUGGAGGAGAAGGGGGUUGCCCCAGACACGGCCACUUUCAACUCCCUCAUUAGACCUCUUUGCAAGGCUCGUCAGGUUCAGGAGGCAAGGAAAAUGCUUGAUGACAUGUUAGGGAGAGGGCUGUCACCUUCAGUGAGAACAUUUCAUGCGUUACUCGAUGUGGCUAGAAGCCCCAUUGAGGUGUUUGAUCUGUUGGAUAAGAUGAAAGAAUUGCAGUGUGACCCAGAGAUGGACACUUUCAUUAUGUUGAUCAGGAAAUUCUGCCGGUGGAGGCAACAUGACAGUGUGGAGAAGCUCUGGAGUGCAAUGCCUGCAAAUGGGCUAAGCCCUGAUAGGAGUGCGUAUAUUGUAUUGAUACACGGUUUAUUCCUUAAUGGGAGACUGGAGGAGUCAGCAAAGUAUUACGAAGAGAUGAAAGCCAAGGGAUUUCCACCUGAGAAGAAGACUGAAGAAAUGAUACAGGCUUGGCUUUCAGGCAGAGAGCUUGCCAAGGCUUCAGCUUCAGUGGGUUCAAGGGGUGGUUCUGUGUCUCUCAGAUCAAAUCCUCGAAAGUGAUUGGAUGAUGAUUGCCCUUAAAAAGUGAUUUAUGAAAAGAUAUGAAGUAGGGGAGGAAGAUUCGCUUUGUUCUUCAUGAAGAACUGCUAGAAACAUUGAAGAAAUCAUUUCUUUCCCAGGCUAAAGAGAACAGAAGAGAAGCUGAAUGCCGUAUGUUUUCCUAGUCAUUGUGGUCUCUCUUGAUAUGGUUGUAAUUACUAAAUGCAUGAUUUGCUGAAACACUUCACAACUCUAAAUCGCACCUUUUCUGAUGGUACUAUUUUAGUGCCGUGAAUAUGAAGAAUCUUCCUAUGAUAGCACAUUGGAUUUGAAGCUGGGAUGGAUUACCACUAGCCUGGUACUAAUCAUUACAUUAUUAAAUCAUUACAAGGUGAGAGCAUACCUGAACUCCAUAUUAAUCCAAUCUGUCUACUUUGUGGCCUAAAAUAAUGCCAACUUGUAAGUUGCUUCAACCACACUGAUGAUAAUAUAUGGUAUUGGUCAAACA